CGGAGUGUGGGGGGGGGGGCUAAGUAGGGGGCGGAGCGUCGUGUCCCAGCGAGAGAGCGAGCGUGAGCCCCAUUCUGCGCUUCCUCCUCCUCCUCAUCCUGUGCUCGUGUUUAUUUGAUUUUAUUCUCCUUCUUAUCCUCCGCGCUCGUUCUCAGCCGCCGUGCCGCGGCCUCCGCCACCGCCACCAUGAGCUGGGGCAUGGAGCUGUGGGACCAGCUGGACAAUGUGGAGAAGCACACGGCGUGGGGGCUGGAGUUUGUCGACAAACUGUCCAAGUUUGCGCGGGAGAAGGCGGAUAUAGAGCUGGCCUACGCCAAGCAGCUCCGAUCACUUGUCAAGAAAUACCAGCCCAAGAAAAGUUCGAAGGAGGACGAUGAGAUUCGGUACACGUACGUGUGCGCGAUGGAGAACCUGACUAACGAGGUGGGCGACUUCGCGGGCCAGAGGGAGCUCGUGGCCGAGACGCUCAUGGGGAAGGUCGCGACGGAGCUGCUGCGCGUGCACACGAUGGUCAAGCACGAGCGCAAGACGAUGUUAAUGGAUGGAAAGCGCCAUCAGCAAAACCUGGAGAAUUGUGGAAAGCAGCUUGAAGUGGCCAGAAGACGGUACGAGCGGGAAUUCCGGGAGUGGGAGAAAGCUCAGCAGCUCCUGGAGAAAACGGAAUCAGAAGGCAUCAAGGCUGAAAUUGAUAAGGCCAAGCAGCAGGCCGCCCAGAGGCAGCGCGCGCACGACGAGAGCAAGGCCGAAUAUGCGAUGCUGCACUCCACCUUCAACGAUGAGCAGAAGAAGCACUACUUCACCGUCAUGCCCAGCGUGUUGAAGUCCCUGCAGGAGCUCGACGGGCAGAGGGUGAGCGCGGUGGGCGCUGCCCUCACCAUCACCGCCUCCAGGGAGCAGGAGGUGCUGCCCAUCAUGUCCAAGUGCGUCGAGGGCAUGAAGAAGGCGGCGGACUCGGUGCAGCCCGACACGGAUGCACAGCGGGUCAUCGAAGCCUACAAGUCAGGCUUCCAGAUUCCAGGCGACGUCGCCUUCGAAGAUCUUAGCCAGGCGGGGUCACAUGACCUGGGAGCAUCGGGCAAAGGGAAGCUCAUUCUUUGGCCCUGGAAACGUACCAAGGGCCCCCCAGCUGAAGACUUCAGCCACCUGCCCCCCGAACAAAGGCGCAAGAAGCUGCAGCACAAGAUGGAUGAAUUAAACCGUGACAUCGCCAAGGAGUCGGACCAGAGCGUGGCGCUGCAAAAGAUGCGUGACGUGUACACUAAGAACCCGCAGCUGGGAGACACGGCCAUCCUCGACCCGCAGAUCCACGAGAACAAGCUGCGACUCGACAAGCUCAAGCAGGAGCUGCACAAGUAUGAGACCUGGAUGAUGGAGGUGGAUGGGAAACCCCUGUCGCGUUCCAUCUCCUCUCGCACGAGCUCCUACCGAGUCUCUCAGGGACCGCCGGAGAGCCCCACGCCCACGUGCGGCCCCUCGCAGCCCACCUCGUCCGAAUCAUUUGACGACGAGUUUGAUGACGACGACGAUGGUGUUUACGAGGCGGAGCCCCAGAAGCAGUGUCGAGCUGCCUACGCCUUCCCUGGCGAUUCGGAUGGAACCAUAGCUGUGGCGGAGGGCGAGGCGCUGUUUGUGGUGGAGGCUGACGCGGGGCAGGGCUGGACGCUGGUGAAGAGGCAGACGGGCCAGGCCCAGGGCUACGUGCCCACCACCUACCUGCUGCUCUGAGCACCACCACGAGCGCGUGUCCAGCCCACAACAAAGUUCUCACCGAGCGAGCGUCGGGUGGAGGGGCGGUGGGGCGGUGCUCGUGUGUGUCGAUUGGUGGCCCUGAGCCAGCGGUGAAACUUCCAAGUUCCUAUGUCCGAGGCCAGUCUCUCGGUAUGACGACCACUGCUGUUGACUUCUGACGAAUUGGUUGGUGCUAAUUUAUUUUCAUAAACCGGGGAGAGAACCAUGGGGGGGGGGGGGGCGGGGGGCUCAAGCGACCCCCACCAGUUUUGAGCUCAUGACCAUGCAAUUGUGGUGAGGUACACAAAUAAAAUAAUACAUCUAAUAUAUAUUCACCAUCUGAACAGCGGGCACUGUUUUCCGGAGUGUGAGACUCACAAUGCAACGUUCGCCAAGUCCCUGUCAUGGGGUCGACUCGGUGGCCCAUCAUCCCUCCAGGGUGGAUAAAGAGUAGUACCAAUCACCGUUAAGUCACAGUAGAGGCCACUCUUCUGAUUGUGGGUCCCUGUCACUGGAAUGUGCCCUGACAGUGUAAAUAUAUAUUUCUCUGGCGUUCUGAAUAUGCAUCCACAAGCGCGUAAACUCCAGGAGCACCUUUGACAACCGGGAGAAUGUUAUGUGGCGUUGGAACCGGGGGGGAGGGGGGGGGGUGUGAAGUCUGCUUUGUUACCGAGGCAUUACCCUGGAAUCUCAAGGAGCGUUUCUAACCAGAACCGGUCGUACGAUAACCCUCCCGAGGGUUGGGUCGUAAUCGCCGGGUUUCACAGCGUAGGGCCCAAAACUUGCGGCGUGAACUUCACCAGCAGCGCUGGAUUCUCACGCACUUCUACCGUUACUUUCGUUGGUUUCUCGACCCUUUUGCUGUCUUAAGACCCGGGAUCUAUACCUGCUGCUUUUUUAAAUUUCUUUCUGACGAGCCUCAAAUAAAAAUUGGCACUUGGCCUCUUCACGUCACGUGGGUUUUGUGACAUCGUUAGAAGCCUGCGCACGUGACCGCUUUUCCAUACCUCCGCACCCCGGAGUCUCCUUACCUCACUUUUACUCGCUAGCCUCAAUCCCUUUUUCAACGGCGCUCUCAUUUCUGUCUCUUGUGCACCUCUGCCUCAUCUCGGUGAUACGUGCCUCUUUGUGUCUCGGCGAGCCAUAUCUCCCAGGCCAGGCCACUCGAGAGGCCACGAGUAGGAGGAGCCACGGUCUAAGAAAAUUCCACGGGUGACCAAUUUGCAGUCUUUUUAGCCUUGACUUUGGUGGGCCACAUUAGUCCAUGGACCAGAGCGUAAAUUGGUGCCAACUUUGCUCUAGAACCUUUCGUCGCACCGAUUUAUUAUGCGUACGGCUAACAAGAGUGAAUUAUUUGAUAACUCGGUCAUUUCAAGUGGUUAUCACGUAAUUCAGUCUUUUUUUUUUCUGGCCACGUGAAGAAACUGGAUCCCUCCUCGGGUGCGUAGUGACCAGUGAAAUAUCUGAUCUGGGCUCAUGGACUACAUCCUAGGAUCAGAAUCCGUAUUGAGACUGGAGGAAUCCGAUGAGCUAUGCAUGAUGUCCAGUAGGGGGCGGGCAAGUGUCGAGUAGGGGGCGGGUCAUGCAUACACUUUCUGUGACGAGUUGAUUAAAACACGAGGGAAUAUCACCGCAUGGUGUGUAUAUUAUAGAUGAGCCGCGGUGGCGAGAUGUUAACUACCUCGCCUGGUAUGCAGGAGGUCGUGGGCUCGAUCCCGACCCUAACGCCAGUAUAUUUGUUUGCAUGUUCUUCCCAUGGUUGCGUGUUGAUUUUUUUCUUCGGGGUCUUAUUGUUUUUCCCUCCACAUUGAGAAUCGACGUGCGUUUAGAGUAUUUGGCUUCUAUACAUUUC